AUGCAAGAGGAGCCAAAACCCCCCCAUCGAUAUGGCCUGCAGCUCCAGACGUCACUCUGCGCUCUCCCAUGGACCGAGGUUAGAAAAGGUGAAGUGGAGGCUGCUGCGCUCAGAGAAGCCGCUCUCAUGGGGGUCUUUUGGAGCGCCGUUCUGUGGGGCCUCAACGUGUGGCUCCUCCUCGUCCUCGGUCUCAUCAUGGUCCCGGCCAUGUUCGGUUUCUCUCUGGGAAUCUCUGAAACAUACAUGACGAUACUGGUCAAGACUCUAGAGUGGGCAACGCUGAACAUCCAAGAAACAAAAGCAGAGGAGCAGACUCUCAAAUCCAGUUCUUCUAACGGUCUGAUCCAGAGAGAGGGCGGCUCGAUGGAGACAGAGCUGGAGGAGCUGAGGCGCAGUCGGCCCAAACCUCCCGUCGGCGGAGACUUCACCCUCAGCGACUGUUUCUACUUUUCCCGCAAAGGAAUCGAGAGCAUCGUUGAGGAUGAGGUGACCCAGCGUUUCUCUUCAGAGGAGCUUGUGUCCUGGAACCUUCUGACUCGAACCAACGACUUCCAGUUCAUCAGCCUCAAACUAACGCUGGUGUACGGCCUGGGCAUCAUUGUCCGCUACUGCAUCCUCGCUCCACUCAGGAUUACUUUGGCCUGCAUCGGCUUGACCUGGUUGGUCAUCGGGACGUCUGCGGUUGGAUUCCUCCCAAACAACAGUGUCAAAUACUGGCUCAGCGAGUGGGUCCAUGUGAUGUGUUACCGCAUCUGCGCUCGCGGACUUUCGGCUGCGAUCCGGUACCACAACAGAGAAAACAAACCGCAGAAAGGCGGCAUCUGCGUUGCCAACCACACCACGCCCAUCGACAUCGUGAUUCUCUGCAACGACGGGUGUUACGCGAUGGUGGGGCAGGUCCACGGAGGCCUGAUGGGGGUGGUGCAGAGGGCCAUGGUGCGCUCCUGUCCUCACGUGUGGUUCGAGAGAGCAGAGAUGAAAGAUCGCCAUCUAGUGACCAAAAGGUUGAAGGAUCACGUGAGCGACAAGACCAAGCUUCCCAUAUUGAUUUUUCCUGAAGGAACCUGCGUCAACAACACGUCCGUCAUGAUGUUUAAAAAGGGAAGCUUUGAAAUCGGAACCACAAUUUACCCAGUGGCCAUUAAGUACGACCCGCAGUUUGGUGACGCCUUCUGGAACAGCUCCAAGUACAGCAUGGUCAGUUACCUGCUGAGGAUGAUGACCAGCUGGGCUCUAGUCUGCAACGUAUGGUACCUGCCGGCCAUGCACCAGCAGGAGGGAGAGGAUGCCGUGCAGUUCGCCAACAGAGUAAAGUCUGCCAUCGCCCAUCAAGGAGGACUGGUGGAUCUACAGUGGGACGGCGGUUUGAAAAGGGCCAAAGUGAAAGAAACCUUCAGGGAGCAGCAGCAGAAGCAGUACAGCGACAUGGUGGUGGGAGACGACAGCAGCAGCAGCGACUGA